CCUGGCUGUCCGUACCUCGUAGUAAGCAUUUGCCAUAGCUCUCUACUCUACUCCCCUCUUGCAACCUUUUUCUUGCUCCUUCUCUUACUCUCUCACUUUCUCCUGAACCCCUUCUCGAAAAAGAUUUCCAGAAGAAAGUUUGUUUAAUAAUUAGCAAUCAUGGGUUACACCGAUUUGGAUCAAUUGGCCGUCAACACGAUCCGUAUUCUUGCGGUCGAUGCCACCUUCAAGGCCAACUCCGGUCACCCCGGUGCCCCUAUGGGCAUGGCCCCUGUGGCCCACGUCCUCUUCAACAAGUUCAUGAACUUCAACCCCAAGAACCCCAACUGGCUGAACCGGGAUCGUUUCGUUCUCUCCAACGGCCACGGUUGCAUGCUCCAAUACGCUCUCCUCCACCUCUUCGGUUACAAUGUCACCAUGGACGACCUGAAGAGCUUCAGACAACUUGAUAGCAUCACUCCCGGUCACCCCGAGGCUCACGACACCCCUGGUAUUGAGGUCACCACUGGUCCUCUGGGUCAGGGUUUCGCCAACGCUGUUGGUCUGGCCAUUGCCCAGGCUCACACCGCAGCCGUCUUCAACAAGCCUGGCUAUGACCUGGUCAACAACUACACAUACUGCUUCUUCGGUGAUGGCUGUGCCAUGGAGGGUAUUGCCAGCGAGGCUGCCUCCAUGGCUGGUCACUUGAAGCUCGGCAACUUGAUUGCCAUUUAUGAUGACAACCACAUUUCCAUCGACGGUGACACCAAGUGUGCUUUCACCGAAGAUGUUAUGAAGCGUUUCGAGGCCUACGGCUGGCACACCGUGUGGGUCAAGGAUGGUGACAACGACCUCGAGGGCAUCGAGGCCGCCAUCCACGAGGCUAAGAAGGUCACCGACAAGCCCACUGUCAUCCGUCUGACGACUACCAUUGGUUUCGGCUCCAAGCUCCAGGGUACCGGCGGUGUCCACGGUAACCCUCUGAAGGCCGAUGACUGCGAGAGCGUCAAGCAGAAGUUCGGCUUCGACCCCAAGCAGAGCUUCGUCGUUCCCCAGCAGGUCUACGACCUCUACCACAAGCACGCUGCCGAGGGUGCUGCCAAGGAACAGGCCUGGAACCAGCUCCUUGAGAAGUACGCCACCGAGUACAAGGCCGAGCACGCCGACCUUGUCCGCCGUCUCUCCGGCAAGCUUCCCGAGGGCUGGGAGAAGAGCCUCCCCACCUACAAGCCCAGCGACGCUGCCGUCGCCUCUCGUAAACUGUCUGAGGCUGUCCUCGAGAAGAUCCACGAUGUUAUCCCUGAGCUCUUGUCCGGUUCCGCUGAUUUGACCGGCUCCAACAACACCCGCUGGAAGAACGCCGUCGACUUCCAGCCCCCCGUCUACGGCAUUGGUGAGUGGUCCGGUCGCUACAUCCGCUAUGGUGUGCGUGAGCACGCCAUGGCUGCCGUUAUGAACGGUCUUGCUGCCUACGGCACCAUCAUCCCCGCCGGUGGUACCUUCCUCAACUUCGUCUCCUAUGCCGCCGGUGCUCUCCGUCUCUCCGCCCUCUCCCGCGUCCGCGUCAUCCACGUCGCUACCCACGACUCCAUCGGUCUGGGUGAGGACGGUCCUACCCACCAGCCUAUCGAAACUCUGGCUCACUUCCGUGCCCUCCCUAACUGCAUGGUUUGGCGUCCCGCCGACGGCAACGAGACCAGCGCUGCCUACUACUCCGCCAUCACCGCCAAGCACACUCCUAGCGUCCUCGCCCUCACUCGUCAGAACCUGCCUCAGCUCGAGAACUCGACCAUUGAGGCUGCUCUGAAGGGUGCCUACCCCGUCGUCGAGGCCCCCAACGCCUCCAUCACCCUCAUCUCCACCGGUUCCGAGGUCAGCAUCUGUAUCGAGGCCGCCACCUACCUCAAGGAGAAGCACAACAUCGUCGCCCGUGUCGUCUCUGUCCCUUGCUUCGAGGUCUUCGAUGCUCAGUCCAAGGACUACAGACUCAAGGUCCUUCCCGACGGCAUCCCGGUCUUGUCCGUUGAGGCUCUGUCCACCAUGGGUUGGGAGCGCUACUCUCACGAGCAGUUCGGUCUCAACCGCUUCGGUGCCUCCGGCCCCUACAAGGAGGUUUACAAGAAAUUCGAGUUCACUCCUGAGGGCAUUAGCAAGCGUGCCCUUGCUACCAUCGACUUCUACAAGGGCCAGCCCGUGCGCUCGCCCAUCAACCGUGCUUUUGAGCAGAUUCUGUAGAAGGCUUGCGUUAGCGUCAUGAUGGAUUUCCUUUCUUAGUGUCAUGUUUACGGCUCGACGAAUCUCUGUUACUUUUAAAUGCUCUUAUCGGUCCUAUCUCCCAUGGUUGUUGGUGAAGCUCUUCUAGAUUUAGAGGAUCAAAAAUAAAAUUAUGUCAUAAUAUUGUCGG